AGUUUCUCCCCCCUAAAGGUAUAAUGGACUAUCUUAUGGAUCGAUCUAGUGGCAAAGCUCUAGUAUUUCAAAGCUAGUAUUCGAAUAUCUCACCCUUAAUAGUUCUUUCUUUAAAAAUAAAGAAAGUACAAAUGAAUAAAAUUCGGAAAAUUGUCGUUCCUCCUUGCACGGCCGAUUCAAAUUAAGUGUAAUAAAUAGGGUGAUUCCUGGCUUUAUUUAAGAUCUAACUGCUUUAUCCCAAGCAUUAAAAGCAAAGAGAUAGGCGAUUAUAUAUUUUUGGUGGAGGCUACCUGAAGGUUUUUGGUGUAUUAAAUUGUUACUUCACCAUAUAAAGAAAGUAGUAGAAAACAAAGAAACUCUCUCUCAGGUCAAAUCUCACUUAGAAAAUAUUUCACAGAGGAGAUGUUGGAAGGUAAAGCUGUGAUCCAGGAAACAGACAUGCCAGCAUUGAUGCAAGCUCAAGCUACGGCUUCUGCUUCCCGGGCCCUUGAUCUUUAUGAAGUUUCUGAUUGUAUCACCAUUGCUGCCCACAUCAAGAAGGAUUUUGAUAAGAUGUAUGGGUCUGGAUGGCAAUGUGUGGUGGGAACAAACUUCAGUUCUUUCUUCACCCAUUUCAGAGGAAAUUUCAUCCACUUUGGACUGGCAAAGCUCUACUUCCUUAUCUUCAAAUCAACAAGCAUUAAUGGUUGAAGACAAACUGCACAAGGAAAAACCAACCCCCCCAAAAAAAGAAAAAGAAAAAGAAAAAGAAAAAAGUGUCUGCGGCUUGAGUGCAUAGCAUAUAUUGUUAAUGAACUUUUUAUGGUUUAAUGAUGUACCAUUCCCAUGUUGCUGUUUAUGUUUUGAAAGAAAAUUUUCCUUUAAGCUAAA